CCAUCUGCUCAUCCCCUCUGUGUCUGGCUUUCUCCCUCUCUAGAUUUCAAACACACACUGGGCUGUCCUUCUCGUACCCCGGCCCCCACCCCCACCGAUCUCAAUCGUCCUCCCUGGGCAAGGGGAGGCAGGAUAGUAGCUCUCUCUCUCUCAGAAGCCCCCUCCUCGGGGAAUUGGGCCUACUCUGCUUCCCCACCAUUUGCCCCAAGAUCCCAUCGUCCCAAACUGACGGCUAAUUAGGCCACCCGAGUCCCCGAGGGGAUUGGAGGUUUGGGGGCCAACUCUCCCCCCGUGAUUGUCAACACGGACACCCUUGAAGCCCCGGGAUAUUGGUGUGAGCGCAGGUGAAUGGGACGGAGGGAGAGAUGGAGUAUGAAGAGAUCACCCUGGAACGGGGGAAUUCCGGCCUGGGCUUCAGCAUCGCGGGGGGCACCGACAACCCCCACAUCGGCGACGACCCCUCCAUCUUCAUCACCAAGAUCAUCCCCGGAGGGGCUGCGGCCCAGGACGGCCGGCUAAGGGUGAACGACAGCAUCCUGUUCGUGAACGAGGUGGACGUGCGGGAGGUGACCCACUCGGCGGCGGUGGAGGCCCUGAAGGAGGCUGGCUCCAUCGUCCGCCUCUACGUCAUGCGCCGGAAACCACCGGCAGAGAAGCUUAUGGAGAUCAAGCUCAUCAAGGGACCCAAAGGCCUGGGGUUCAGCAUCGCGGGCGGCGUGGGCAACCAGCACAUCCCCGGGGACAACAGCAUCUACGUCACCAAGAUCAUUGAGGGCGGGGCCGCCCACAAGGACGGGCGACUGCAGAUCGGGGACAAGAUCCUGGCUGUGAACAGCGUGGGCCUGGAGGACGUGAUGCACGAGGACGCGGUGGCUGCACUGAAGAACACGUACGACGUCGUCUACCUGAAGGUGGCUAAGCCCAGCAAUGCCUACCUGGGCGAUGCCUACGCCCCGCCGGACCUCACCACCUCGUACUCCCAGCAUCUGGACAACGAGAUGGGGCACAGCAGCUACCUAGGGCCGGACUACCCCCAGGCCCUGACGCCCACCUCGCCCCGACACUAUUCCCCCAUCUCCAAGGAGCUGCUGGGCGAAGAGGACAUCCCCAGGGAACCACGCCGUAUCGUGAUCCACCGGGGCUCCACGGGCCUCGGCUUCAACAUCGUGGGCGGCGAGGACGGCGAGGGCAUCUUCAUCUCCUUCAUCCUGGCCGGGGGCCCGGCUGACCUGAGCGGGGAGCUACGCAAGGGCGACCAGAUCCUCUCGGUGAACGGCGUCGAUCUCCGAAACGCCACUCACGAGCAGGCGGCCAUCGCCUUGAAGAACGCCGGCCAAACCGUCACCAUCAUCGCCCAGUACAAGCCAGAAGAGUACAGCCGCUUCGAGGCCAAGAUCCAUGACCUGCGGGAGCAGCUGAUGAACAGCAGCCUGGGCUCGGGAACAGCCUCGCUGCGCAGCAAUCCCAAGCGUGGCUUCUACAUCCGGGCUCUGUUUGACUACGACAAGACCAAGGACUGCGGCUUCCUGAGCCAGGCCCUGAGCUUCCGCUUUGGCGACGUCCUGCACGUGAUUGACGCCAGCGACGAAGAAUGGUGGCAGGCGCGGCGGGUCCAACCCGACAGCGAGAGCGACGACAUCGGCUUCAUCCCAAGCAAGCGGCGGGUGGAGCGACGAGAAUGGUCAAGAUUGAAGGCCAAGGACUGGGGCUCAAGUUCAGGAUCUCAAGGGCGAGAAGACUCAGUCCUGAGCUACGAAACGGUGACGCAGAUGGAAGUGCACUACGCCCGUCCCAUCAUCAUCCUGGGCCCCACCAAGGACCGUGCCAACGAUGACCUCCUCUCCGAGUUCCCCGACAAAUUCGGCUCCUGCGUCCCCCACACAACGCGCCCCAAGCGGGAGUACGAGGUGGACGGGCGGGACUACCACUUUGUGGCCUCGCGGGAGAAGAUGGAGAAGGACAUCCAGGCCCACAAGUUCAUCGAGGCGGGCCAGUACAACAGCCACCUGUACGGGACCAGCGUCCAAUCCGUGCGCGAGGUGGCCGAGCAGGGGAAGCACUGCAUCCUGGACGUCUCCGCUAACGCCGUGCGGCGCCUGCAGGCGGCCCACCUGCACCCCAUCGCCAUCUUCAUCCGGCCCAAGUCCCUGGAGAACGUUCUAGAAAUUAACAAGCGGGUAACAGAGGAACAAGCCCGCAAAGCCUUCGACAGAGCCACCAAGCUGGAGCAAGAGUUCACAGAGUGUUUCUCAGCCAUCGUGGAGGGCGAGAGCUUCGAGGAAAUCUACCACAAAGUCAAGCGCAUCAUCGAGGAACUCUCCGGCCCUUACAUUUGGGUUCCUGCCCGAGAGAGACUCUGAUUUCCCCGAAGCCUGGACUCGCCCCCGCCCCCUCCCUUAUUUAUUUCCCCCUCCCCUCCCUUUACCUGAGAGCCUAGGGGGCUCUCCCUCCGGUCCAGGGGACCCCUGCCUCUGGAGCAGCUGGCUCGGCAGGACGCCUGGGUCCUAGGAGCACAGCGGAGCUGGGAGCACCGGAGAGCGAGGCGCCUGGCCCCCCGCCCCCCGCCCCGGGUCCCUGGCCUAACCUUCCCCCGAUCCCCCUCCCCCUCCACCGCGGACUGGGCCCGCGCAGCCCCCUCCCCAACUCCACCGGGGGCUCCGCCAGGUCAGAGGGCCAGAAUUUUGGACAGAGGAUUGGGGGGGCGCUGGGCGAGGGGCCCCAUUCUCUUCUCCUGCCCCAUUCUCUCAGUUUCUUUCUGUUUCCACCCCCCGCCCGUCCCCAUCCCGUCCCCCCCACCCCGUUCCCCCCGCCUUCUCAGUUUCAUUUCUCUUCGGGUUUGUUCUCCCUCAUGUUUUUUCUUGCCAGUUGCAUGACUCGAAGGUUUAAAUGUG